GUCGUCACUCGGUCACCCCGCCGAACGGGUGGGUUCGAGGAGUCGAUCUCUGUUCGCGCUCGUUCUCUCGCGCGUUAACCGCACGCGAAUUUCGGGGGGUUUUUCCCGCUUUUCUCUGGCUGGCCUUCGCGGAGUGGGGCUCGCGCGUCUUCGACCCGCGGGUUUGCGACGCCGCGUCACCGUAUUCCCGGUCACGUCAGCGGGAUCCGCGGGUAUCGGGUGCGAUCUGUGCAAUUCCGUGUGUGCGGAAACGUGGUGCCGCAACCGGUCAGCGCGCGUGCACCAUACGACGAUCGAUCGACUCGGGAUACGAUACGAUCCAGGGAGGCGAUGGACGGAACCACCCUCCUACGGGACAGCAGAUAAGGAGUCCGAGGACAAAGGACAACAACGCACACACGCUAUCGCGCUCGAUCGUUUUCGUCGCCCGGCCCGUUCGCUCAUCAAUCGCUCAAGGAAGAUUUCAUUGGACAAGGAACCAGCAAUCAUAAGACGUUGCACUAGAAAACGCGACAACCUGUCGAAGGACGAGGAUCGCGUGAUCAAGUCGCGGUGCUUCUCAUCCGCGAGAUAGCACGCUUACCGAAAAUGAUGAUGUGAUUGUCGGCAGCCGACGCCCCAUAUCCGGCCCAUCUCUCCCGAGGGAUGUCCUCCUCCGCGGGUACCGCCUGUACGGACGCCGAGGAGGACGCCGAGGAUGUGGAGAACGACGUUACGGAUACAACGGCGCAGUCGUCACGUCACUUGUCGUCGUCGUCGUCGCGAGUACGUCACCGUCGCCGCGCGAGCGAUUACUUGGAAGGACUGCGGUUAGAUGGGUCAUCGGUCGUGGAUCAUCCGCCAUCGUCCGACGACACUACCGGGAGCAACGUCGAGGACUCGGGCCCAUCGACGCCUUGGACGCGCGGAUAAGGAGACGUGGGGCUCGUCUCGGUCACUGCGAUCGCCAACAACGCACGUAAUCAUUCUCGAGAGACGACGGCCAGGCGGAUCGAUCGGCGCCGCAUUCCGAUCGAUCAUCCUCCUCCUCCUCUCCCACGACGGCUGGAUUGUCGGGCUCUUCCGGUCGACAUUUAUUCGGGACGAAUUCGGCGAAUCGCGCGUCCGCGAACGACCGACGGCUGGAUCGGUCAAUAGAUCGCGGUCGACAACGCCGGCCGGCGUCUUCGGCGCGAGAUUAGGAAAGUCGAUAAACGAGUUGGCCGAAUCGAGCGUGCGCGGCCGGUUGGCACGUGUAGUUGGAAUUCCGGACGAGUACCGGGCAUACGAAUCGACAAGCGAAUUCGAAGCACGCUCGAGGGUCCUCGAAGAGCCAGGUGGACCAUCGAUAAACAGCUGCAGCAAUAGAACGCCGGUCGCCACCAAUGUCGAGCGGUCUCCUGGGUCGAUAAACGAACUAAUCCUCGAGUCGAGCACCGCCGGCCUCCCGGGUGGACCGUCAAUCCGAUUCGUAAAAUCGAUUCGGCGGAGCUGGAUAAACCGGCUCGUAGAUCUCGAGAAACGAUCUCCGAUAAUCUAUCGAUCGCUUUUCGCCUUUCAUCGACUGUCGGCCGUGCAAACAGUUACACGUGUCGGACACGUGUCAAUUUUUCCGGACGAACCGGUAAAAGAAUUUUCCGUGCCGGCCAUACUUGAGACCAUCUACCGCUCCUUUUCGUCGUCGUCGAGGGGAUCGUCGAUUCACAAAGCUGUCCCAUCCCGAGCUGCCGCGAUGAUGUCUGGAAGGGAGACGUCGUUCAGAUGACGAAAGAAGUCGUCGAUCCCAAACCCCGACAUCGUUUAGCGGAGAAUUGUCGACGAAAGCUUUUCUGUAUCCCCCGCUCGACUUGGCUGUCUAAUGGGGAGCGAGAACAGUGAUAAACGGCACGAGAAUCCACGGCGAGAGGAGUCUCUCAACAAGAAGAAACUCGCGGCCUUUUAUGUUUUUCGUUACUUCACCCGCCAGAAGUUGCUCGGAUCGAUGAGCGAUCAGAUCGAGGCGUCGCGAUAAUUCUCGACGUUGAAACCGGAUCGCCAAAAACCUAAACGAAACUUACCCCAAGUGCCAUAAAUAAUAAAGUGCUUUGAGUGAAAUUCCUCCGAAAACUGAAACGCUCGCUUUCGAGAGCCACUUGUUGUUGAUUGCACGAAAAUCGCUUUGUCGAAACCGUGCCGGACUUGUCCCGGGCGAGUGCUGGUGCUCGAUUGUUUGUCGAUUUUGCGUGCAUCGUACACCGGUAUUGGUCUAAUGAAUCGCCAUGGUGGAUCGCCGCGUACGAGCGACAUCGCGAACGAUUCCGUGUGCGUCGUGAGGUGUGUCGUUGUUUUUGGAUCGCGCGUUACCGAGAGAGAUACCUGAGAGGUGAGUUAUACCGGUGAAAGAGCAGCAAGAGGAGAAGGGGGAAGGAAGAUACGAAAGAUCUUCGUCAUGUGUCGCGGGCGGCUUGAGAUCAUCCUAGCCGGCACAGGCUGGCCGAGAUCCUGAUAGCCACCGCAGCGACCAGGAUCCGGGACCAUUCAACGAAGAAAGGAUGCCAGGGGGUCGCAGGGGCCUGGUAGCCCCCCAGAACACGUUCCUGGAGAACAUCAUACGUCGCAGUAGCAGUCAACCCGACAGCAGUUUCCUACUGGCAAACGCCCAGAUCGUCGACUUCCCGAUCGUCUAUUGCAACGAGAGCUUCGUCAAGAUCUCCGGCUACAAUCGCGCCGAGGUUAUGCAAAAGUCAUGCCGUUGUGGAUUCAUGUACGGCGAGCUGACGGACAAGGAAACGAUCGCCAGGAUCGAGGAGUGUCUGGAGGGCCAAAUUCACGAUCAGUUCGAGAUCCUGCUGUACAAGAAGACCAGUAGCCCACGAGAAACACCAUUAUGGCUGCUGCUGCAAAUAGCGCCCAUCAAAAACGAACGAGACCUCGUGGUCCUGUUCCUGCUGACGUUUCGCGACAUCACCGCGCUGAAGCAACCCAUCGAGACGGACGACAGCAAAGGCGGCCUCUCCAAGUUCGCCAAGCUCGCCAGAUCGGUCACCAGAUCGAGAUCGGUCCUAGUCUCUCAAUUCAGCUCCCAUCUGCCGGCCUUGAAAGACACAGCUGUGCCGACAACCACCAAACAAUCGAAUCUGGGUCAUAUGAUGACUUUGAGCGGCGAUGUUAUGCCGCAAUACAGACAGGAAGCGCCGAAAACACCACCACAUAUUUUACUGCAUUAUUGUGCAUUUAAGGCAAUCUGGGAUUGGAUCAUUUUGUGUUUGACCUUUUACACAGCCAUCAUGGUGCCGUAUAACGUCGCGUUUAAGAACAAGACCAGUGAGGACGUCUCUCUAUUAGUCGUCGACAGUAUCGUCGACGUGAUAUUUUUCAUCGACAUCGUACUAAAUUUUCACACAACGUUCGUCGGUCCUGGUGGCGAGGUGGUGUCCGAUCCGAAGGUAAUCCGAAUGAACUAUCUGAAAUCUUGGUUCAUCAUAGAUCUACUGAGCUGUCUACCGUACGACGUAUUCAACGCCUUCGAUCACGACGAGGACGGAAUAGGUAGCCUGUUCUCGGCCCUGAAGGUGGUACGGCUGCUGCGACUCGGCAGAGUCGUACGCAAACUAGAUCGGUAUCUGGAAUACGGUGCCGCGAUGCUCAUUCUUCUGCUCUGUUUCUACAUGUUGGUUGCUCACUGGCUGGCCUGUAUCUGGUACGUCACAUUAAGGUAUUCAAUAGGCAGGUCGGAUGCCGACCAAGGGGUACAGUAUUCGUGGUUGUGGAAGUUGGCCAAUGUUACCCAGUCACCGUACAGCUACUUGUGGACCAAUGCCAGCACUGCACCCGAGCUAGUAGCCGGCCCGUCACGACGCACGAUGUAUGUCACCGCUCUUUACUUCACAAUGACUUGCAUGACCUCUGUGGGCUUUGGGAACGUUGCGGCCGAGACCGACAACGAGAAGAUUUUCACCAUCUGCAUGAUGAUCAUUGCUGCCUUACUGUACGCCACAAUCUUCGGUCAUGUCACCACGAUCAUCCAGCAAAUGACGUCUGCUACCGCCAAAUAUCACGACAUGUUGAACAAUGUGAGGGAAUUCAUGAAGCUCCACGAAGUGCCGAAAGCUCUCAGCGAGCGCGUUAUGGAUUAUGUUGUCAGCACGUGGGCGAUGACGAAGGGUCUGGACACGGACAAAGUUCUCAACUAUUGUCCUAAAGAUAUGAAGGCCGACAUCUGCGUCCACCUCAAUCGGAAAGUCUUUAAUGAACAUCCCGCCUUCAGGCUAGCGUCUGACGGAUGUCUGCGCGCUUUGGCGAUGCAUUUCACGAUGUCGCACAGCGCGCCCGGCGAUUUGCUGUAUCACACGGGAGAAUCCAUCGACUCUCUGUGCUUCAUCGUGACCGGCAGCCUCGAGGUUAUACAGGACGACGAAGUGGUGGCGAUACUGGGAAAGGGUGAUGUUUUCGGCGACAGUUUUUGGACGAAUCCAUCGAUCGGUCAGAGCGCGGCGAAUGUCAGGGCGCUCACUUACUGCGAUCUGCACACGAUCAAGCGGGAUCGGCUGUUGGAGGUGUUGGAAUUUUAUCAGGCCUUCUCGAACUCCUUCGCCAGGAAUCUGAUACUGACGUACAACUUGAGUCAUCGGCUUAUCUUUCGAAAAGUCGCCGAUGUCCGUCGAGAAAAAGAAUUGGCCGAGAGGAGGAAGAAUGAGCCGCAAUUGGAUCAAGCUCAGGAUCAUCUGGUUCGCAAGAUUUUUUCAAGGUUCAAGACCGACGGGGAAGGCCAAAUCGGCAUGACCAGGACCGUGAGCGGACGGUCUCAGGAUUCCGACGAGGAGCUCACCGUGAACGUCCUGCCGCCCUGGCCGAGUUUUAGGUUUCGCCGAGAGAGACAACACACUGCCGAUGUGGAGAAGGGCGACGGUAAGGACGCCAAGGACGGCGAGACGUCGAACACCAGGAAGCAGUCCACUGCCGAAGAAGGAGGAACAGCUGUCGCGAAGACGCGACCGGGCAAGUGGGGUCGUUUAUUAGGUAGUUCGAGUUUAGAUUCCGGUAGCGAGUCGGGCACGGUUGGCGAUACGUUCAAGCGAUCUCUCAGUGCUAGAGACUCGCGUCCUGGCUCGAGCGCUGGCACUAACAAGGUCUUCCCAAAACUCGGCAAACUAAGCGGUACGAUCGAGGAGGCUGGCGAUAAUGUCGAAAGUUCAAAGGACGAUCAGCAACAACAGCAACAGUCGGCGCAGCAACAGGCCCUCAGCGUGGACUCGAAGCAGCUGCAGCUGCGACGUCUGGAAAGCUACGACGGCGGUCUAAUCACGCAUCAGCCGUGCCACGAACGAGAGAUCCUCGCGGCGGUGCUGGAAGUGAAGGUGGACCUGAAGCUGGAGGUGCAGAGGGUAAAUCAGCGGCUGGCCAAGAUCGAAGACAUGCUGCAGGCACUGAUGAGCAAGCUGCCGGUCGCUGGUACACCGCCAUCCAGCGGCGGUGGAGGCGGUUCUCAGCAGCAGAAGACCCCGAAUUUUGCUCUGGGCGGCAACAGCGGCAGCGUCCAGCUACCUGUUACACCGAGUGUGAUAACGUUGGUUCAGUCUGCGACGCAGACCACGGAGUGCAAGCCGUCAAUUGCGACCACGUCGACGUCCACGACGCCGAGCGAGGGCUAUCGGGAGCAGUCGACGGCGACGGAGCGCAUGCCGAAGAGCGGCCAGGAGCACCAUCAUCAUCAUCACCAUCACCAUCAAUCGUCGUCGUCGUCGUCGCGGGACGUCAACAAGGAGCUGCUGGAACGGCUGACGCAGGCCUCCACGUCGCGCGGCGACGACUCCAACGCCCUGGGGCCGCUAAUCCUGCGCAAACGACGCAGCAAGUCGCGCAACAAGGGCGCGGCGCCGCUCGCCCCGCUUGCCACGCAGCCAAUGAGCCCGUCGGAAGCCACGGAGACCACGCAGAUGCUCGAGUGCACCGACGACCGGGACUCGACUGGUGGACCGAGCGACAGGACUACUGAGAGGUCCGAACGUAAGAGACCGCCACCCCGACCGAGGGAAUAUUUAUGAAAGUUCUUUUUGCGUCGGUUAUUCACUUUCUUUCAUCGUCUCGAGACAAUCUGCCGCGACGCGGUCGAAGGUUCAUCACACAAUACGCUUGGUAGUUUAGCGUUUUAAUCUCGCGGGGACGCGAGUUCGCCGAACGACGCGACGCAUUUUUCGCGCGACUAUCUUAUUCUAAAAUCUACAUACAUCGAACAAAAGUUAACGUUUCGUUGUUUCUUCGUUACGCGGUGGUUCAAUCCUUCGGUGCGGCUGGAAGAUAUUCGGCUGUCGUCGGUCAUCUCACGCGUGUGCCUGGAGUUCUCCGGUGACGCAACCGUGUAAACUGACUCUGUUCUGUUCGGGACGGCGGACACCGCCGUUAACGAAUCUGACGCGUCGAUAAUUAUGUCCAAUAUACUCUGGUAAUAUAUAAAUAAUAUAUAAUUUAAAGAGAGGAGCUCCGCAAUUUUCGCUAAUCGCUUUUCGAAACGAGUCGAGAGGAGAACGGCGAAUGAAGGUUUCGCUUUGAACGGCCAAAUACGCCGGCGUAAUUCUGCAUGGCCAAAAGUGAUACGGCUAACGAGGUAAAUAUAUGCAGUCUUAAUUACGAAUUACUCGCUUGCGACGGCUUCUUCGAGACACAUCGAAACUCUCCGAGGGGAUAUACCCACUUUGUAUACUCACACGCAGAGACACAUACACAUGUACACGUAGAUAGAUGUAGGUUCACACGCAUCGCAUAGCGAAGAACUCGCGAUAGAAUCAUGACGAUUACGCUAGAUUUCUAAGCCUCUCCGGCCACAAUCAGAACGAUUCACGUCGACACCAAGCUAGCGUCUCACUCGACGAGACGUUUUGUGAUUGCGAGUGCAUUAUUGAGCGCGAGAUUUAUGAUGUAACUUGUAAUGGUGGUGCCCAAGCGAAAUCUUGGUGAUAUGUAGUCUAGCAACCGAGUGAAUUCUCAACAGAUAUGUAGUAAUGUCUUUCAGACCGACCCGAUGCAUUGAAGACGUUUGCAUUAAUUAAGUGCGUACUUAAAACUUUAUAUACAAAAUAAUUAAAAGUAUUCUCUGUUUUUCUGUUCCAAAAUUAUUUAAUUUUUUUA